AUGACAGCAACAAGAUGGUAUGUGAAGACAGCAGUCAAAAGGGCCCCUGAACUGCUUGCCGGGGCGCCCGCGGGAGAAGGCGACGCGAGCGGCGGCCGGCCGGGCCGAGUCUCCGAGCAGCCCAGGGGCGCGCGCCGGUUCCGGGCCGCUGUCCUCCCGGAGGUCCGCCCGGCGCGGGUCCCAGCCGAGGGCGCGCUUUCUUUCCCCGGCGAGGCGGCGGCUCCCGGGGCCGGCGGGGGUGGGCCCGGCCGGAGGGCGGCGGGGAGGAGCGGGCGUGGCCCGGAGGGACUCGGCGGCCGCGGGCGCGGGCCGAGGGCGCCUGACGCAAGCGGAACUCGGCGGGGCCGCACACGCCGCGCGGACUCGGAGCGGGCCGGCCGGGCUCAUCGCGCGUCGCGUCGCGCCUCGGGAGGGCGGCGGGGCGGGGGCGGGCGCGGGCCCCGAGGCGGGGAGGGGCGGCGGCGGCGGCGGGGCCCUGCUGGGCGCGGACUCGCCUCCCCUGGACAGAGGCUGAGCUGCCGAGCCGCCAGCCGCCCGGACCGGGAGCAGCGAACGGAACGGGACGGAACGGAACGGAACGGGACGUCCCGGCAGGAGCGCCGCGCCGAGGAGCCGCGGCCCCAGCCCGCCCGGCCGGCCGCCGCGAUGGCCAGCUACCCGGAGCCCGCGCCCGCCGCCGCCCCGCCGAGCCCCGGCGCGCCCUCCGCCCCCGGCCCGGGCUCGGACCCCGGCCCGGCCGCCGCCAACGCCGCCAGCGCCGCCAGCGCCGAGCAGCCCCCCGCGGCGCAGAAGCCCCCGUACUCGUACGUGGCGCUCAUCGCCAUGGCCAUCCGCGACAGCGCCGAGAAGCGCCUCACGCUCUCGGGCAUCUACCAGUACAUCGUGGCCAAGUUCCCCUUCUACGAGCGCAACAAGAAGGGCUGGCAGAACAGCAUCCGCCACAACCUGAGCCUCAACGAGUGCUUCGUGAAGGUGCCGCGCGAGGGCGGCGGCGAGCGCAAGGGCAACUACUGGACGCUCGACCCGGCCUGCGAGGACAUGUUCGAGAAGGGCAACUACCGCCGCCGCCGCCGCAUGAAGCGGCCCUGCCGCCCGCCGCCCGCGCCCUUCGCGCCCAGCAAGCCGCCCUUCGGCGUCGGUGUCGGUGUCGGCGCGGCCGCCGACGGCCUGGGCUACCUGGCGCCGCCCAAGUACCUGCAGCCCGGCUUCCUGGGCGGCUCGUGGCCGCUGCCGCAGCCGCCGUCGCCGCUGCCCUACCCGGUGGCGUCCUGCCAGAUGGCGGCGGCCGCCAAGGGCCUGGCGGGGCCCGCCGCCUCCUACGCGCCCUACCCGCGCGUGCAGAGCCUGGCGCUGCCCGCCUGCCCGCACCCCGGCGUGGGGAGCGCCUACAACGGCCUGGGCGGCCCGCCCGCCGCGCCCCCGCCGCCGCCGCCGCCGCCGCAGCAGCAGCACCCGCGCCCGCACCCGCACCCGCACGCCCACCACCUGCACGCCGCCGCCGCGCCGCCGCCCGCGCCGCCGCCCGCCCAGCUCGGCCCGGCCAGCCCGGCCGCCGCCGCGCCCCCCGCGCCGCCCGCGCCCGCCGGCGCCGCGGGCCUGCAGUUCGCCUGCGCCCGGCAGCCCGAGCUCGCCAUGAUGCAGUGCUCGUACUGGGACCACGACGGCAAGGCGGCCGCGCUGCACUCGCGCCUCGACCUCUAG